AUGGUGAAAGUGAUUGCGGAAGCGACCACCAACCGAGCUCAGAAGACAUCGCGCGACGUCAGCAUAGAAUGCACCGAAUCCGCGAGGCUGUUCACCAUUACCCUGCAGAUCAAGAUACAUCUCCUCAACCCCAAGUGCCAUCCGAGAACUCCCCGAAAGAUGAAAUGUCGGUGGUACAAGAAGACGCGCCACCCCAAGCGCCGUCUCAAGAAGCUCGGCACUAUCAUUGAGGCAGACGAGGAGGGCAGCACUGACUGUGAAAGCAUUCCCAUCAAGACGAAAGGCCAUGACCACGAGGGCGAUGGUGUUGAUACCUCGUAA